GCUGUUUGCUCCUCCUUGCCCUGCUACUGCGUCAGCCGAUAUCAUCGGUUCAUCAUAGCGACCCAUUAACAAUGGCCACCAUUGCGCCGCUUCGGUCGUUAAUAGUCUCGCCCGCGGCCAAACAUACGGCAACGGUCAUCUUCGUGCAUGGUUUGGGCGACACUGGUCAUGGCUGGGAACCGGUGGCCAAGAUGCUAGCACCCAAAUUACCACACGUGAAGUGGGUGCUGCCGCAUGCGCCGACGAUCUCCAUCACAGCUAACAUGGGGAUGCUUAUGCCUGGCUGGUUUGACAUCAAGUCCUUUGACUUUAAGACCGCCGAAGACGAGGCGGGGAUGAUGAAGACCGUCCACUCGUUGAAUCAGCUUAUCACAGCCGAGGUUGACGGCGGGAUUGACGCCUCGCGGAUCGUCCUCGGGGGGUUUUCGCAGGGAGGUGCGAUGACGCUGCUUACCGGGCUUACGGGGGAGAGAAAGCUUGCAGGGCUGGUCGUGCUGAGUGGAUGGCUCCCGCUUCGCAACAAAGUGCACACAAUGUUCUCCGACAAAGCCAAGGAAGCGCGCAUAUUCUGGGGACACGGUGAGGCGGAUCCGCUCGUAAAGUACGAGUACGCGACAGCGUCAAGGGACUUCCUCAAGAACCAGCUGAAGAUGGAAGUCACCUCGGGGCCCGAGUUGAAAGGCUUGAGUUUCAACACUUACCCUGGACUUGAGCAUUCUACGGCUCCACAAGAACUGAGGGAUAUGGUAGCGUGGUUGGAGAAGGCCUUACCGCCUUCAUAAUCCUGUUGCGACAUGCGUGUUAGGAGCGUAGCUUAUACAAGAAGUCGAACUGUAUCAGUCAUAGAUGGAUGCAUCAUUCGUAUACUAG